UACCUGACACCGAUGUCUAUGGCCAUGUAGGUAAAUUAUCCGCCAUCCGGUCGUAACGUGUCCAGAAACGAUACAAUUACACGCGUACCGCUCCAUAGCGUGUAUCAGUGCGAGGCUGUUUAGGAAGAAUAACCGAAAAGAAGCAUUUGAAAGAUACAUUCAGAACAGUGCCAUUUCCUUCUUAGAAGCCACAUCGACACUGGGAUUAGAACAGGCGCGGUGCUCUGAUAAAUCUCUAUAUACAUCCACGAAACCUGCUGAAUCUGUGGAUUUGGGCUAAAGACACGUUACCUUCAAUGGGGAUGGCUGAGACGUCGUGUGUGUCAGUGACCAGCUGAGGUCUGCUGAGAGCUCACUCUACUCAUCUGGCUAAGAGCAUGUACAGGAAGAAUGGACUCCCUGUCAGUGUCAGCAUCACCUCUGCUACCCAGGACAGCAGUAGUUCUGAGUCUUUGGAUUGGCAGAGUUUGGACUCUGCUAAAAGCUAUGAUGCGGUGGUGUUUGACGUGCUGAAAGUGACGCCUGAGGAGUUUGCUGGCCAGAUCACCUUGAUGGAUGCUCCUGUAUUCAAAGCAAUACAACCUGAGGAGUUGGCCAGUUGUGGAUGGAAUAAGAAGGAAAAGCACAAUCUCGCACCUAACGUGGUGGCCUUUACCCGGAGGUUCAAUCAGGUGAGUUUCUGGGUAGUGAGAGAGAUACUGACAGCACAGACACUGAAGAUCCGUGCUGAGAUUUUGAGCCACUUCAUCAAAAUCGCUAAGAAACUGCUGGAGCUAAAUAACCUGCACUCUUUGGUGUCUGUGGUGUCAGCCUUACAGAGCGCACCAAUCUUCAGACUGAGCAAGACCUGGACACUCAUCAGUCGAAAGGACAAAACCACUUUUGAGAAGCUGGACUUCUUGACAUCAAAAGAAGAAAACUACACUCGGAUGAGAGUGCACAUCAAGUCCCUCAAAAUGGUUCCCUGCAUCCCUUAUCUGGGAAUUUAUUUGUUUGAUAUGACCUAUAUCGACUCUGCCUAUCCAGCCACUGACAGCAUCAUAGAGACUGAGCAGAGGACCAAUCAGAUGAACAAUCUUCUCCGGGUCAUUUCUGACCUUCAGGUGUCCUGUAACUAUGAUCACUUGCUGACAUUACCACAUGUACAGAAGUACCUGAUGUCAGUGCACUACAUUGAGGAACUGCAAAAAUUUGUGGAGGAUGACAAUUACACGUUGUCCCUGAGGAUUGAACCUGGGAGUAAUUCACCCCGUCUUGUCUCUUCUAAAGAAGACCUUGGAGGACCAUCAGAAGAGUCAUUCUCUGCAAAGUAUAACCGGAGGCCAACAUGUCCUGAUACCUCAGUUGUAUCCCAUCUGCCUACACCCCCACCAGCCCGACACAGAAAGAGCCACAGCCUGGGAAAUAACAUGAUGUGCCAGUUUGGAGUAGCAGAGAGUAAGAGUGCCACUUUUUCUGUGAAGGAAAAGGCUCGUCAUCUACUGGACGACAGCUUUUUAGAGUCACACAGCCCCGUCAGGAAUCACACACACGACUCUGUCUUCACCAACGGCAUCUCAUUAGGUAGUAGAGAAAGCUUCUUCAGUGAAGAAUUUUCGUCUACUGCUGAAAGGGGUCGUAUGUAUGCUACACUUGGUCCAAAUUGGAGGGUUCCAGUCCGUAACUCCCCUAGAAGCAGAAGCUACGUUUACAGUGCCACAGGAGCCGUGUCCAGUUAUGAGUGCAGCUCACUUAGCAGUAUCACCAUUGAAGGGCCUCUGCGGAGAAAAACUGUGAUGAAAGAGGGCAAGAAACCUACAUUGUCAUCAUGGAAACGAUACUGGAUUGUUCUUUCCGGUUCAACUCUAAUAUAUUUUGGCUCAAAAGCUUUAAGAGCAAAUGAAAGGAGACAUUACAAAUCCAGGCCUUGUAAGAAGAUUUCAUUAACAGGCUGGAUAGUGGUGCUGCCUGAUGACCCUGAGCAUCCAAACAUUUUUCAGCUCAAUGAUCCUGAUAAAGGUAAUGUUUACAAGUUCCAGACUGGUUCUCGUUUUUCUGCAAUUAUCUGGCAUAAGCACCUGGCUGAGGCCUGCCGGUGUAUAAGGCCACAGAUACCAGCCAAUUUAAUGUCUUUUGAAUAGCUGCCAUCUUGUGAAGGACAAAAGUGGGCCAGUAACAAGAAAGUUCAAAAAGAAAUUAACAUGAAGUAAAGGUUAAAGCUCUGUGGUGUUAUGAUGAUCAUGUUUUGUCUUGUGUUCAUAAAAUAGCCCUGUUGAUCAGGGUGCAGUAUAUGUAGACUUUUAUCUUGUGGGUUUUGUGCAAUUUAGGACUGUCUUAAAGAAAAAUUGCUGAAGAAGAACAAAACAAUUGAAGCGAAGAUAAUGAUACCAAAAAUAUCAUAUUCUGAGAGCAACACUGCAGCUCAUGGAGCAAAUCUUGUUUAACGAUUAUAGGAAGGAAACUAUAUAUAUUGAAAUAUUGUUUUUUUUGUCAUUUCAAGUCCAUUGGAAUCUUUAUCUUUAUUGGAAUCUCUAGUAAAUCAAGUUUGCACUCAGACUAUGAAGUAGGCUAAAGUUUAUACCCUAAAUAUUGUCGUGUAUUUCCAUUUUUUUGGAGCACUACAGUGACACCUGAAAGAAAUUCUGUUUUUUUCCCCAAAAAAAAUAGGUUAGUUUUAAAACUGGCAUUUGAGGGGCAAGAAGAAAUUGACCAGAUUUGUUUAAAAAAUUAGAAGGCAGUGCUUGUAUCCUGCCUGUAAAAUGAUCAUUGGUAAAACUAUUCUUCAUUGUGAAAUAUGUAAACCACAAUAAAGGGGUGGCAUAUAUUGUCACAUUAGUUCAAUAUUGUACAUAUACCCUUGUUAAAUAUUGUACAUUCGUACUACUCUGUGUGAACGAUGUCAAACAUUUUGUGUACAGUCUAAUACUGUUUUAUUUAUGUUUUCAUGUGAACAAGUGCCAAAAAGUUUGUAUUAUAAAUUGUAUUGACUUUGUUGAAUUUCUGAACUAAGUGAAAAGGCCUGGAAAAUGUGAAGUGUUGCAGAAGUAUGAGCAUUCCUCCACAGAACAAUGACAGAAUUUCUGUUUUCAGUUAGGUCUUUAUGCACCCAACUGAAAGCCCUCAAAAUGCCCUCCAGAGACAUAGAUGAAAUAUACUAAUAAACUUGAAGCUGUUUUUCACCAUUGUUUCUCUAACAGAGGUGCCAAUGGGUCAAUCAUCAUUUUAUGGUCUCAACUGAAUAAUAUAAUCUAGUUCCUAGUAAUGGAACACGUUUGUAAAUAUGUUUGACUUUUGUGUGUGUGUGUGUUCCGAUCAAAUUCUGAUUAGGUUGUUAAUGUCAUUUCAGUGUAUGUCAGCAUAUUUUGCCCCGUUUAUUAGUAGCAGUAUCUGACACUCAAAAGCCUUGGUUCUGGGUUUAUUUCCCUUUCAGUUUUUUUUUAUAAGUUUACUACACCAAACAUUAUAAUCAUAGUUGGUGAUUUUUUUUGUUCACGUGCAUGUCUUAUUUCUCUUAUUCCUCAACAGUGUGAUAACCGUGAAGUACUGAGAGCUUUUGGAAUUUCAUUUUAUACUGUAAAUUUAUUAAGACAUGAAAAAACUUUCCCUAAGUAUGGUUGCAGUAUGUUAUCUAGCAUUACUGCUGAAUAAGUAAUUGUGUUUGCUACCUCCUGCUAUUCUCCUUUUUAUGUAGCACUUUUCUUAAUUGUUACACCUGUAGGCCACAUACUGUACCUGAAAGAGAAUAUAGGGAAAGGUUUAUUUUCUAGAACUGGCAAGGAUUCUAACACCAGAAAAUGUGCCUGUUGGUUAGUUUUUCUCUGUACAGUGUAUGUGACAUUAGUGUAUCCUUGUACUGUAAAUUGAGAUUAUACCUGUGAUUGGCAUUUCUUAUUUUUAUUCUUAUCAUUCCUCUUCUACUCCUUUUUCUUCUUCUAUCACUUGAAUGCUUUAUACAUAAUUCUUUUGUUGUGAACAUUUAUGUUAUGAACAUAUUCUGCAUUAUCCAUGUGUUUUGGAGUUCAUAUCUCUAAAUAUGCUAAUAUAUAUUACACCAUUAAGGGUACAAAACUUUUAUUAAAACACAAAGAAACACUCUUAAACAGUAGCAUUUAUUUAAGUAUUCUCAGUGUGGGGAAAUGUUGUUCUACAGAGUCUGAGACAUUUGAGCAUCUUACAAGUGAAAAUUUGUCUGACAACUAAAUAUCUUAAAAUUAACUGCAAUUACGUUUCACUAGUUUUAAUACACUUUAAUUCAAUGAUGGGUACAUUCAUAAUAGAAGUGUAUUUAAUAUACACUAGGCAACAUUUGAAAUGGAUCAAGAAUUUCAUCAAUGUUGUCCUGAAACCAAAAUUUGUGUUUCUUUGACAAUUCAUGCUUAACGUGUGACUCUGUUAUUGAUCAAUGUUGUCAUGAAUAAAGUGUCACCCUUUAUGGCUUU